UUUCUGUGGAACCAAGGUAUCUCAAACGGAAGAUCCAUUUACACUGAGGCAACAGCGAGACUAAUGUUGACCUGCAGGAUUGUUAUUCUUGCAGUUAUAAUGUGGGAAAGAACCGUACUUUCAGCAGUAUUUUUGUUGGUGGGAACAGCAACUGCAGCACCAUCUGUACUGCAGUCAGGUGAGGUUGCAUACAAGGUCAGGAGGGUCAAUGUGGACCAGUAUGAUUUCACAGUCACAGACGGUCAGUAUGUGAUAACGGCCAGCACAUCACAAUCUGUGGAUGACAUGGUGCAGUGUAGCCUCUAUUACUCCCCUGUCAAGUCGGCAAAGCUUCUGCUGGACACUGAUGUGACUGUCGAGAACAUAGGUUUGUUGAAGAUAAAGAUGAUAAGGUCGAAGUGUCGCAGUUACCAGAUGAGCAACCGUCGAGCCACCAGUGAUGAUGACCAUGACACAUUUAAUCAUGAUCUGGUGAAGGGCCAGCCAUUCCCAGGGGACUUCAAUACAGGGGCCCCAAGUGGGGCUGGCAGCCACUUUGCAAUUUACCCAGGCACAAAGUGGUGUGGCUUCCAGAAUGUUGCAGAAAACAUGCAAGAUCUGGGCAUCCACAACAAGACGGACGCCUGCUGCCGAACCCACGACCAUUGCCCUUACUACAUGGACCGCUUGGAGACCAAGUACCACUACUUCAACAAGUACCCCUGGACCCUAAGUCACUGUGCCUGCGACCAGCACCUCUUUGACUGCCUCAAGAGAGUGAACACGCCUACGUCAAACGAGGUUGGCAAAUUGUUCUUUGGUCUGCUGGAUGUGCAGUGCUUCACAUUCAAGCAAGGCACGCACUGCUCCAAUGAGUCGUCCAUUCUGUCUCACCUGUGGUGUGACAAGACAGAGGGCAGCAUGGCCAUGGUUCAGGACUUCCCACACAAGUGGGCUGACACCAAGUCCAGCGUCCAGGCAGACAACAACCUGAUUGGAUAGAUUAACAUGUAUAUCGCUCUUGAUUUUGAUGCAAGAAUUAUGCAUUUUUUGUUCAGCUUGAAUCACUGCAAUCAAUAGUAUGUGUAGUUUUGCUUGUUGAUUUGUUUUUUUGUCUGAAAACCAUGAGGACACUUGGAUUACAAUUUAUAUGGUAUCAUUUAUAAAGCCCUGAAGAAAACUGUUGUGAAAUAUCAAUAAUUUAUAUCAACUAAUGAUUAUAUACAAAUACCAUAUAAUGAAUUUGGUAAACUAAAAUGUAAAAUGAAAGUAAAAACACAUAUGUUCGAUUUAGUUUGUUCACCAGUUAUAUCUUAUUUGGAAAAUUUGUCCAUGCCUAUAGUUAUUGGUGUUCAAAUAAACAUGACCAUUGAAAUGAAAUUAAUCAAAAUGAGUAAUAUACAUAAUUAUGCAUAAUGUAUAACUGAAAAAGAAAAUAUAAAAAAAAGUAUUAUGUU